UAGCUGUAAACUUGCGUUGUAUAAUGUUGAGCUUUAAAGCCCUAUGCCUUAAAUUUGACAAAUGGCGCGGUUGGCAAGGUUUAUGAAGGAGAUGGUCUAUUCCUAUAAUAUACCCCAAUAUUGACGGUUGCAAACAUGUAGACACCAACAGCUGUACACGGCUUUGCACCAUUGGGGGCAUGAUGUUUCCCCUUGGACCAGGAAGACGAUACGUUGACAAGUAUACCACCUCCAGGGUGGGUUUCUGAACUUAAGUUAAGUUUCUGAAAAAUCAUCCCCAGAUGCGCAUGUUUGUAUCGUCUGUGCAGCCUCUCUACCGUACAGCGACCGGGGUCAGAGUUCACAGGAAGCUGGGGGGCUGCCAUCUUUCCCCGCCGUUGCUAACGCUUCGAUGCUACACCGCGAAGGGGACUAUUAAUCCGCUUCACCCGUCUAUUGUCCGCGGUCACCCGUUUCUCUCCGUACGGUCGUACUACACACCGAUGCUAUCGGAUGAUUUGACAUGGAGAAAGUAGCGGAUUGGAAGCCCUCGUACACCUACCAGGUGAGUCAGCACAGCGCCGAGAUGCUCCACAACCUCAACGCGCAGCGGGAAGAUGGAGGCCGGUUCUGCGACGUGGUGCUCCGCGUCGGCGAGGAGAGCUUCCCGGCGCACAGAGCGGUGCUCGCCGCAUGCAGCGAGUACUUCGAGUCGGUGUUCAGCUGUCAGCCGGAGAGCGAAGGUGACGCCAAGGAGCUAGAGAUGCACACGAUCAGCCCUAAAGUUUUCCGAGACAUCCUGGACUUCGCUUACACCUCCAGGAUCGUGGUGCGACUGGAGUGCUUCCCCGAGUUGAUGACGGCGGCCAAGUUCCUCCUCAUGCGAUCGGUUCUCGAGAUCUGCCAGGAGGUCAUAAAACAGUCCAACGUUCAGAUCCUCAUCCCCACCUCCCGAGGGGGGGAGGCCAGUCUGUUCCAGGCCCCGGGGGGGGCUGUUGAGUCGGGGUUCCCCGGGGCCCAGCAGGACCUGGUGAACGGGACGGGGAUCAACGAUCUGCGCUUUGCGAACAACGGACAUGUGGACGGAAAUCACAACACUACUGUGGCACUUUUGGAAGACGAUACCGAAUCCCCGAUGCCGGUUUUGCAUCCCGUCGAAGACGUGUCGACACCCCCCUCAUCGGAGGUGUCAGGGAACCCGUUUCAGGACACCAAUUCCCCGGGGUCAAAGACGAACCGAGGCGGACCAAAGAGGGCGACGGAGCCGCUCCACUUCAACCACAGCCCCGCCAAAGAAAGCCGGCUGUUCCCCUGCGGGUCCUGCGGGAAAGCCUUCACAGAGGCCUCCCGGUUGAAGAACCACGAAGCGCAGCAUGGAGCCUCGAACGCGGUGAACCAUGUCAGUGAGAGCCUCUCUCCGGAGGGCGGUCUCGGUCCGGCAUCGCACCCGGGUCUAAUGGAGGAGAACGGCGGGGGGUCGCCCGGAGGAGUCGCUGCCUCGGACGCCCACCGCAAGCGGGAGAGGAUCAGACGACACGUCGGCUGUGACAUCUGCGGGAAGGUGUUCCGGGACGUGUAUCACCUGAACCGACACAAGCUCUCCCACUCCGGGGAGAAGCCAUACGAGUGCCACCUAUGUGGCCUGCGGUUCAAGCGGAAGGACAGGAUGUCGUACCAUGUCCGAUCCCACGACGGGUCCGUGGGGAAGCCCUACGUGUGUCAGAGCUGCGGGAAGGGGUUCUCGAGACCAGACCAUCUGAACGGACACAUAAAACAGGUUCACACCACGGAGAGACCCCACAAAUGCCAGAUCUGUAACGCCUCUUUCGCCACCCGGGACCGGCUGCGGUCGCACCUGGCCUGCCACGAGGACAAGAUCCCCUGCAAGGUGUGUGGCAAAUUCCUGCGGGCCGCCUACAUGACGGACCACCUCAAGAAGCACAGUGAGGGGACCCACAACUACUGCGGCAUCUGCAACAAAGACCUGUGUGCCGGUCACCAGCUGCUUGUCUCCUUACCCGAGGCAGAGGGGGGAUGUCACGGACUCUCUGGACCCCCCUGUCACGCCCAGCCCGGCCCCCCGGCCCCGGGCCUGCAGGGUGCCCCCCCCUGUUACUGGGAGUGUCGCUCAGCCUUCCCCUUCCAUGGGCCGGUCACAGACCGACCGGAGAAGUGUCCUCACCUGGACUCAGAGGAGUCGGACCCCUCAUUCGCUGAGCUGACCAAUGGGGACGAGCUCAAGUCCCCGCAGAAGCCUGACCCAGACGAGGUGGAGAUGACGUCACCGGCCUCCAACGGCUCCCCCUCCUCCUCCGCUGACAGGACCUUCCCCUCGGGGUCAAAGGUCAGGGCCGACGUGGAGAAGAAGUUUGCCUGCAGCCUCUGUGGUCAGGCCUUCCGCACCAAGUCCUACCUCAACAAGCAUCAGCACCGCGUCCACGAGGGCCAGAAGGGCCCGCCGAGGGCCCCCUCGGGCCCCGGCCCGCAGGCCCCGUCCCCCUUCUCCUCCCAGCAGAACAUGUCCCUGCUGGAGUCGUUCGGCUUUCAGAUCGUCCAGUCGGCCUUCGCCUCGUCCCUGGCGGACCCCGACGGGGGGCCGAGCGCACUGGACUUUGCAGGGAAGUGAUUUGAACGAAGGGGAACGGGGAGAGACACGACUUCUGGGGACUCUCCUGAACCCCUUGUGUUGAGGUUAAGUCCUCUGUUUUUGGGAAUAGUUCUGCCACAAGACUGACUGUUGUCUGCUGUUCAUGGCACUGCUCACUGUGCAUUCACCUUUGUUACUAUUGGUCAUGAUCUAUUUGUCAUAGCGCUGUAUUGAGAUUUUAUUUUUCCUUCAUUCCAGAGUAGUGAAAGUGCUUAAAGAAAGCUGACGCAUUGUUCUUGAUCUUGCAUUAGAUUCGCUUGUAUUGAAUACGAUGACUAGCUCUAGCUCUCCAGCUGUUUCUACACCAGCCCGCUCAGCCACGUCUGUCUGGAUCGAUGUGGGGUGGAUUAGUCUUCGAAGUCAAGUAUUUAUCAGAAGUUCAUGAUACUGUCCAUUAUUUGUUGGUUCUGACUUUUACUGGCUUUGAAGGCUGCAAAUUGACUCGUUUGCGUUAAAACAAUGAAAGGGAUUUAUUUCUUUUUUUACAGUCCUACGUUUAUUUUUGCUUGUUUCAGGAGACAUUAUAAUGACCAUACUUUGGUUGAAUGGUAUGUUUGCACAGUUACAUUCUCAAGUCAAUUCAGUGGGAUACUUUUUCUUGAUUCACAAUUUCUUUUUUAACUUCAACAAACCAUUCAUCCACAAGUUGUUCCUUUUGUGAAAACAAAGCCAUAUGUUGGUUCUUAAAUGUUGAAUAGCUCAGUCCUAUUGCCAGCCACAGUCAGUAUACAUCUGAAGAAGGUAGCUACCUCAACAGCAAAUGAAGUGAAGGUGCAGUCCAGCACGGCCUACCAGUGACCUUGUUACAUUUAACUUCUUUUUUAUGCAAGCAGACUUUUUGGGUAACAUUUAUAUUGCAUAAUGCUUAUUCAAGUACUAAAGCGUGACUUUAACGAUAACUGGUAGAUCUAUUUAAGAUGUACCAUGGUGUUAUUUACGUUAUUGCAUUGACCUGUUUCCGAGGUGGAUUGUUGAGUAGAGACUUAAUGUGAUCAUGCUCUACCAGUCUCACUGAAUGUGUGGAAACUUGCCUCUAGGAUGCUAUAAAUUAGCUUUCCAAAUCCCUUUCAAACGUUUUACCAAGACCUUUCUCAUCUCCUCAACGUCAACAGUUUUGUAUAUUAACCAGGGACCAAUUUCAGUUGUAAUUGUUAUAAAUUGUGAGAAAAUAAUUAUAUUUUAGUAAUUUAUUUGUGCCCAGUUAGUUUUCUGUAGAGCUUUUCUUUUUUUAUAUUGUGAAAAUGUUGUGUUUUUUGCAGAAUUAAGAUAACUUUCCACUUUAGUGUGUCUGUGAAAUAACCAUCUGUGUGACUGAUGCCACAGACCAGCAUGUAUCCUUAAUUUAAAAUGAAGCCCUAACGUUAAGGCUGUUGGGUUGGUUUAUAGCUGCACACAACCAUCUUUAUUUUUUGAUAACUUAUUUUUAAUGUGCAAGGGCUCUCUAUCAAAGUGUGUCUUGGUCGUAACAGCGUUGUUUCAGAAUGUAAAUGAGCAAAAAAUAAUCAUAUGCCUUUUACCUUGCCAAGACGUUAAUUUAAUUGGAGGAGAGUAUAUUAAGGUACGUUUUCUUUCUAAACGCAGCUGGGUUAACUUGCUUGCAAUCUUGUUUUUUUUACCCUCCAUGUAUAUAUAUUUUUUAUCUUGGUCGCCUACUGCUUUUUAUGAACAAUGAUUGAAUGAAAAUGGCUAUACAAUACUACUUCGUUACACAAGUUGUGUAAGGCCUCAAUCUUAUUUAUUAGGCUACGAAACAACUGGAGGUUAACUUAUCAGAUUUAAAAUGAUGCCUUUGAUUGUCACACCAAACAGGGUGGGGAUGAUUUUGGACCGGGUAUGUUUGAGGUAUUUGUUAAUCUUAUAUUGGGAAUGAUUGAACAUCUAACACAAAUCAGCUCUAUGGCAUCAGACGAUUUUUUUUUUUUUUUUCACGAUGCGGGUCAUUGAAAAAGAAGGCUGGGCUCUGAAUGUCAUUGUAAAGAAGAGUAUACUGUGGAUAAGCUUACUUUUGUGUCCGUGUUUCUGUAACUGUUUGCUAGUUGCUUUACGUUCAUUUUGAUUGCUCAAUUCCUUAUGCAUAUAUUUAUGGCUAAAUUGCAUUGGGCAAAAAGUGUAUAUACUUUAAUAUUCACAUGUUCUCUGGCAUAUAUAACUAUACAUAUAUAUGUACAUAUAAAUGAGUGUUCCUCAGUAGUCCUGUACUUAUUUAUUUUGUUAUUUUUCUCCAUAAUGUAGAGGAAUGUAAAUGUAUAGCCAUUUGGUUGACGUGUCUACUGGAGUUGGCCACAGACUGUGCUACCAGGUGUUAGCGACAGAUCACUGUUCAUCGAUCCUGCUCCGCUAUCACUGUCUGAUCAGGUGAGAGUUGGCAGAUCACGAUUCAUCGCUCCUGCUCCAAUAGCACUGUCUGAUCUGGUGAUGGGCAGACAACUGUUCAUCGCUCCUGCUCCACUAGCACUGUCUGAUCUGGUGAUGGGCAGACCACUGUUCAUCGCUCCUGCUCCACUAGCACUGUCUGAUCUGGUGAUGGGCAGACCACUGUUCAUCGCUCCUGCUUUGGCAGCCAGUGGCGGUUUAUGCACGGGCGAACCGGGCAGUCGCCCGGGGCACCAUUCUUUCAUAACACGUGGGGGGCGCCACGAGCAGUUUAAAAGAAAAAAACAUCUGUGCCGCGAAGCGGUUUUCUAUGAUGUAUCAUAACAUUGUGUGGGGAAUUGCAUAUUGGCGCCUCCUAUGGCUGGAGGCGCACCUGCUUGUUGCGAAGGUGCUGUGCAAAGACGGACUGAAACCCCUAUCGAAGUCCGUAGGGCCACGAGGUGGACGUAGAACCACCACUGUCGGCAGCACUCCUAAGUGCUGUUGGCUUGAUUAUUUUUGUCCAUUUGUUCCCUUUGAUUUGAUUCUGUCUGCUGCUGCCACGCACUAUUACCUGUUCCCUGUAGUUGUGGAUUAAAGGUUGCUUUCAAAUGGGGAAAUACCUAUUUAAAAUACCUUGAUUUCCUUAAGACAUGCUUGCCAUUUUCGGCAUUUGUGUAAUCUGUGAUUUAUUUUAAAUUUUUUCUUUGUAGGCCUAGGUGAUUUUUUUUUGGGGGGGGGAGUCUGUUGCAAAGUGCCUUCAAAAUACUGAUUGUGAGCAGCAACAGAUAAAAACGUUUCUUUUUGCGGAGGGUAGGCAAACGUAUACAGUAACUUGCUUAGACACUCUUGUAUGAAACACAUGCACAUGCAGACAUUUUAACUUAACCUCUUUUCGUCAUGCUCAGCAAGAUUGUCUUCGAAAUGUAACAUGUUUAUAACAAAGUGUUUUGGACGUAUACAAUCCAAGCAUACUUUUCUAUAGAUAUUGUUUUUUGUAUUCUGUUAUUGAGUCCCAUGUCUCUUUAUUGGGACAGAGGUGGGUAUGAAAUAAAUUUGCGUAAAAAAAGUCAAUAA